AUGAACAAAACCUUCACUAUCAUCAGUCCACAUUUCUCCAGUUUUACCACAAACGACUUUGACAAGUGGUUCAGUGUGAAACUGGUUCCUAUCCUUGCAAGUUUUACACCAGAAAUGCUCACAAAUGCAACCACAAACAUCAACUGCACAAUCUACCACAUCAUUGUGAGUGGGAUGGCUAAGGUUUUCAAGGAGAUGCCACCGCAUAGGCAACAACAAAACACAGUUGUUCUGCUGGGCUACCUAAAAAGAUCUGACAGCAUCAUCAAAGAACCAGCUUGCAGGAAACAAAAUGAGAGUGAUUCCGAAUGGGUUCGAGCAAAUUUGGGUCCAUUCGUCCAAUACACAGCAAUCUCUGAUAUCAAAGACUUCAACAUCUCUACGGCUGGAUUGUUGUCAGCGCUCAGUCCCUCUGAGGUAGCACAGUUGCUACUGAGCUCGGGAGCCUUGAAUAACACAGAUUUGAUUGAUCUUGUGUUUGAACGACUGGACAAGGGCAACGCUCUGGAAAAUGUGGAUGUAUUCCUGACACAGCUGACAAUCAAUGGACAGACACCGACUUUCGAGCCUGUUGUGAGAGAUCAUGUGAUGAACAAAACCUUCACUAUCAUCAGUCCACAUUUCUCCAGUUUUACCACAAACGACUUUGACAAGUGGUUCAGUGUGAAACUGGUUCCUAUCCUUGCAAGUUUUACACCAGAAAUGCUCACAAAUGCAACCACAAACAUCAACUGCACAAUCUACCACAUCAUUGUGAGUGGGAUGGCUAAAGUUUUCAAGGAGAUGCCACCGCAUAGGCAACAACAAAACACAGUUGUUCUGCUGGGCUACCUAAAAAGAUCUGACAGCGUCAUCAAAGAACCAGCUUGCAGGAAACAAAAUGAGAGUGAUUCCGAAUGGGUUCGAGCAAAUUUGGGUCCAUUCGUCCAAUACACAGCAAUCUCUGAUAUCGAAGACUUCAACAUCUCUACGGCUGGAUUGUUGUCAGCGCUCAGUCCCUCUGAGGUAGCACAGUUGCUACUGAGCUCGGGAGCCUUAAAUAACACAGAUUUGAUUGAUCUUGUGUUUGAACGACUGGACAAGGGCAACGCUCUGGAAAAUGUGGAUGUAUUCCUGACACAGCUGACAAUCAAUGGACAGACACCGACUUUCGAGCCUGUUGUGAGAGAUCAUGUGAUGAACAAAACCUUCACUAUCAUCAGUCCACAUUUCUCCAGUUUUACCACAAACGACUUUGACAAGUGGUUCAGUGUGAAACUGGUUCCUAUCCUUGCAAGUUUUACACCAGAAAUGCUCACAAAUGCAACCACAAACAUCAACUGCACAAUCUACCACAUCAUUGUGAGUGGGAUGGCUAAGGUUUUCAAGGAGAUGCCACCGCAUAGGCAGCAACAAAACACAGUUGUUCUGCUGGGCUACCUAAAAAGAUCUGACAGCGUCAUCAAAGAACCAGCUUGCAGGAAACAAAAUGAGAGUGAUUCCGAAUGGGUGCGAGCAAAUUUGGGUCCAUUCGUCCAAUCCACAGCAAUCUCUGAUCUCAAAGACUUCAACAUCUCUACGGUGGCAGUUUUGGACCUUCUAUCACCGUUGCAGAAGGCUUAUCUGAUCCUAGGUCCAAACAGUAGUGUCUUAAACAGUAAGGAUGUUGUAAGGAAGGUGUUGACAAGCUUGACAGAGACCAGUGAUUAUGAGCAGCUCAAACAAUUUUUCGCGGCUUUUGCAAACAUCAACAUACAGAGAAAUGUCACCCUCAUCCAAAAUCCAGAUGUGCGAGACACUAUUUUGAACCUGACCUUGACGGCCCUUGCUCCUCAGCUUAAAGACUUUCAGCCAGAAGACUAUCAACUGUGGUUCCAGGUUUAUUUGGUUCCUGUGAUGGCGAGCAUCCUUCCUAGCAGCUUGCGGGUGAUUCCCAGUGACAUCACCUGUGAAUCCUACCAGGCUGUAUACAAUGGUCUUGCGCAGAGUUUGGGAGCAUUGCCACUGGACCUUUCACAGGGCGUGAGAUCAAGCAAGCAGUCGCUCCAGGACGCAUUCCCACGUUGCUCAGUUCCAGCUUCCUUUGUGUGCAAGGUGACCCCAGUUCAUGUGAAUCUCAUUUGUGAUGCAGCUGACGGUUCAAAACCUAAACAAAUCCUGUCAGCUGGCAAUUCCUCUGCAGCCCUGUGCAAUUACACCAUCACAGAACAUGCCUGUUCCUCUGCUGCAUAUCUCACAUCCAGCAACUUGGUCACACUGCUGAACUGCACACUGAAAAGCCAAAACAUAUACCCAGUGGCAAAGCUGCUCCUUAACUCGGGAGCCUCGAAUAACACACUUUUCGUUGACCUUGUGUUUGAGCGACUGGACAAGGGAAAUGGGUUUGAAAAUGUGGAUGUAUUCCUGACACAGCUGACAAUCAAUGGACAGACACCGACUUUCGAGCCUGUUGUGAGAGAUCAUGUGAUGAACAAAACCUUCACUAUCAUCAGUCCACAUUUCUCCAGUUUUACCACAAACGACUUUGACAAGUGGUUCAGUGUGAAACUGGUUCCUAUCCUUGCAAGUUUUACACCAGAAAUGCUCACAAAUGCAACCACAAACAUCAACUGCACAAUCUACCACAUCAUUGUGAGUGGGAUGGCUAAAGUUUUCAAGGAGAUGCCACCGCAUAGGCAACAACAAAACACAGUUGUUCUGCUGGGCUACCUAAAAGAUCUGACAGCGUCAUCAAAGAACCAGGCUGGAUUGUUGUCAGCGCUCAGUCCCUCUGAGGUAGCACAGUUGCUACUGAGCUCGGGAGCCUUAAAUAACACAGAUUUGAUUGAUCUUGUGUUUGAACGACUGGACAAGGGCAACGCUCUGGAAAAUGUGGAUGUAUUCCUGACACAGCUGACAAUCAAUGGACAGACACCGACUUUCGAGCCUGUUGUGAGAGAUCAUGUGAUGAACAAAACCUUCACUAUCAUCAGUCCACAUUUCUCCAGUUUUACCACAAACGACUUUGACAAGUGGUUCAGUGUGAAACUGGUUCCUAUCCUUGCAAGUUUUACACCAGAAAUGCUCACAAAUGCAACCACAAACAUCAACUGCACAAUCUACCACAUCAUGUGA